UUCCCUUUUAUUUUAAAGCCUUGAAGAAAGACGAUAGCAGCUUCGAUGAGAUAUGUGUCACAAAGAUGUCUACACGGAACUGCCAAGGAAUGGACUCAGUAAUCAAACCCCUGGACACAAUUCCUGAGGACAAAAAAGUCAGAGUUCAGAGAACACAGAGCAGUUUUGAUCCAUUUGAGAAACCAACUAAUCAAGUAAAGAGAGUUCAUUCAGAGAACAAUGCGUGUAUUAACUUCAAAACUACAUCAACGGGGAAAGAAUCUCCUAAAGUCAGACGGCAUUCCAGUCCCAGCUCUCCUACAAGUCCCAAGUUUGGAAAAGCAGACUCUUAUGAAAAACUGGAAAAACUAGGGGAAGGAUCAUAUGCCACAGUAUACAAAGGGAAAAGCAAGGUAAAUGGGAAAUUGGUGGCACUGAAGGUGAUUAGAUUACAAGAAGAGGAAGGAACUCCAUUUACAGCUAUCAGGGAAGCUUCUCUUUUGAAAGGACUGAAACAUGCAAACAUUGUGCUGCUUCAUGACAUCAUUCACACCAAGGAAACAUUGACUCUUGUAUUUGAAUAUGUGCAUACUGAUUUAUGUCAGUACAUGGACAAACACCCUGGAGGACUUCAUCCAGACAAUGUGAAGUUAUUUUUAUUUCAGUUGCUGCGAGGACUGUCUUACAUCCAUCAGCGUUACAUUUUGCACAGGGACCUGAAACCACAGAAUCUUCUGAUCAGUGACACAGGGGAGUUAAAGCUGGCAGACUUUGGUCUUGCAAGAGCCAAAUCAGUCCCCAGCCACACAUACUCUAAUGAAGUGGUUACCCUGUGGUACAGACCUCCAGAUGUCCUUUUGGGCUCAACAGAAUACUCCACUUGCCUCGACAUGUGGGGAGUGGGUUGUAUCUUUGUAGAAAUGAUUCAAGGAAUCAUGGCCGCUCCUGGUUUUAAGUUAUGUCAAGAACAGUUGAAACAAAUAUCUGGAUGAUCUUUUAUUGUGCUUGGAACGCCAAAUGAAGACACUUGGCCAGGAGUCCAUUCUUUACCCCAUUUCAAACCAGAACGAUUUACACAGUAUGGUCCUAAAAACCUUAGACAAGCAUGGAAUAAGCUAAGCUACAUGAAUCAUGCAGAAGAUCUGGCCUCCAAACUGCUCCAGUGUUUCCCAAAGAACAGAUUGUCAGCACAGGCAGCCCUGAGCCAUGAGUAUUUCAGUGAUCUACCCCCACGGCUAUGGGAGCUAACUGAUAUGUCCUCUAUUUUUACUGUACCGAAUGUAAGAUUACAACCAGAGGCUGGCGAGAGCAUGAAAGUCUUUGGGAAAAACAAUAGUUAUGGCAAAAGUCUAUCAAACAGCAAGCACUGAAAAAUACUUAGACUUACUACAGAAAGUGCAGGAUUAAGCUCACCAGUCUGAAGGAAGGGAACAACAUUUAAUGAGGAGGCCAGUAAUAUGAAGGAACCGUGGCCCUGUUUCCUUUCUCUCUCUCUCUCUCUCUAUGGUGGAUUUCAUUCAAAAGAAAAUUGAAUCUGGCAAGAUACUGUUUUUCCCUGCAAUUAUUUAAAACCUUGCACGCAUUUGGAUACCUUGUGAUUUCGGAGAACUAUGUGAAGAUUAAGCUUUUGCUUACUGAUACAUGGCAUGUACUCUUUUCAGUCUUUUGUGUUUGAUUUUGUUUGAUUUUCCACAGCAGUGUAACAUCUUUGUAAGGAUUUUUAUGCUUUCACCAGCAAAGUCUUAAAUACAUUAAGACAACACAUUUGGUGUUCACACUACUUCAGUAAUGUCUGUACAUAAAAAAAAUAGUGGCAUAAAAGAAUGUGUGUUUUCUUUGAGAGUUGUGCAUAUUUUGCAACCUACAGGAAGACUAUUUCUAGCUAGUGCAAGCCCAAUGUGAUGGAUUGAUUGACAAUUACAGUGUCAUGCCACUAUGCCUAAAAUGUCCCAUCCAUCGCCCCCCUCCAGAGCAUUCAGAUCCAUUUUUUAAACAUGGCAAUAAUUGCAUGUUUAUUUAGAAACUCAGAAUUUGGUUAGUCUGCUUAGACUGUGUAGCAUGUCAGUUUUUAAAAUAGGCCUGCAUUGAAAACAAACAUGCACACACACACAAAAAUUACAAGACACUGUAUCCUGACAGAUACAGUGACACAUUUCUUAUCCUUUUAGUUCCAUUAAGAAUAUAGAGUAUUCAUUAAUGUUUUGGGGCCUUGACUACAUCUUUUCCUUUUUCCACACUAUUUUCCUUCUGGAAUAUUUUCUGAAAUAGAUGACAAGGAGAGGAUGAAAGAGAACUGAGCUGGCUUUAGGGCAACUUAGGACAACUACUUGGAUGUAGAAACAGUAUUUGCUGAAUGAGCCAUUAGAACUAGCUUUGUUUUCUGCUUCUUAAAAAGCACACUGAAAAGUCAUCCGAAUCCAAGAAGUUUGCUGUUUCCCAUCAAUGUACCUUUCCUUAGACAUUCUGCGCUAGAAAACACUUAAUUGCUUUUUUCUUAAUGAAACAUUUAAAUGCACACUUUGCAAACAGUACAGUAUGUAAUUUUUAAAAAGGGUGGCCUGCUACCUCUGGCUGGAGGGGAAAGGCUAGGGGUGAGAGAAAUUUGUAGAAUAUGACAACUCCAAUGUAGAAUGCAUAAAACUGAACACAGAUACUGGGAAUGGAGCAGAUUCUACUGUUGAGUUAUAAUAGUGCUUGAAAGGGAGUUUCAAGCCUUUUUAUUCAAAAUAUAAAGGUUUCUUUACUUCCUGAGUUCAUGUGCUGACAUAAAAAUGCAUUGGUUUAGCAUUUAAUGUUUCAUUUGGAAGGAGGAAAGGGACUCUGAUUAAUACCCCUUAAUCAAAUUCUGGCAGUGUUUCUGCUGGGAACUACUAAAGAACACCCAAUAAAGCAAAUCCUUGAUUGUUCAGAAGGUACCAGUAGGUACCAGGUACGUCUUAUGAACCAGUAUAAAUAUUAUUCUGCACUUUCAAACACAGUUAAGGUGUGCAAAUAUACCUAAUAACUGCAUAGCCAUUAAAACUAUAUGUCCCCUGUGACAUCUUUGCAGUUCAGAAAUGGAAAGUGACUUAAAUCACACUCCGGUUUAAAACUUGCUACAAAUUUUUACAAGGGAAAGAAGAAAAAAUCCACUGAACUUUUGAAUUUACCACACACUGAAACUGCCUUAUUUAUAAUUUACUUUGAGUUUCAUGUUUCAUUUUUUUGUAAGAGGAAAAUCUUUUGUACAUUAUCUAUGCUAAAAUCAUAAGCCAUUCAAUAUUUAAAAUUAGCUGGUUUUUAAAGAAAAAGGCUUUACAUUACUGCAAAAAUCUGAAGAUUUUUUGAAAGUGUAACAAAGGUUUCAGUUAGUAAAAGAAGUAUAGUUUCUUAGACAUAGAUCUACUUUGGCAGCUUAAGUAGGGAGGUAAACAAUUAUUCUUCUCAACAAAACAUAAUGAUUUGAUGUAGAGAGUAAUUCCUCAAACUGUUCCCUUCAGAGGGUUACAAAUCUAGCACCUUACUAUACAUCUGAAAUUAAACAUAGCAUUUGCUCAAGUUGUGUGUGCCUGUGUGUGCACACGUGUGUGUGAGAGAGAGAGAGAGAGAAAGAGAGAGAGAAAAAUUCUCUUCUCUCCCUAGCCCUACGUUUAAACAACCAUUGAAAUCAUUCCAAUUUGUAGCCAAAAUGAACAAACUCGAGUGCCUGAAUUGAGGCACAUGAAUAUAGAUAGGGUGUAAAUAGAAAGUGAUUCAAUUUUUAGAGGUUCUACGCAUAUCUGAACUACCAGCAGAAUUUGGGGCAAUUUGAAGAACCAGUUCACUCAGUUUUGCACCUGACUUCAGGCCCCAAGUUUGGGCUGUGUUCAUUCACAGGUUUAUUCUUCUGUUGAGGAAGCUCUGGAAUGCACGUGUGAGUUUUGCUCUGGAGGGGAGGGAUGUUUGUAUCCAGAAAUCUGAUGUGGUCAAGCAUAGGCUACUACAAAAAUGUUCACUUGGAUCCCCAAACCCACGCAACAUGAGGGAGAGCUCCAAGGUUUAAUGAAGCUCUGAAUGUUGUUUUAGGUCUUGAAAACUCCCAGGCCCUGGCUGUGAUGAUUACAUGAUGUGUUCCCUGUCCCUUUCCUUCCAGAGCAGUCCCUACCUACCUCGUUGUCACCUUUCAAAAACCAUCAGCUAGAUCCCAUGCUAAAUAUGAGAUCCUCUUUUUAUUGUUAUUUGUGAGGAAGGAGGGGGUUGGUGGGGUCAAUAACAUACUGAACAGGUGUUUCCUCCACAGCUCUCCACAGAGACACUGGCUCACCAUCCUCCCACUGAAUGCUCUUUAGGGGACAUUAGGCAGGACAAUGGCUGCUCCCCAAUCAAGUCUAGAUCUGUUCUACGUGGGGCAAGAACAGGCAACCCAGCUCUCCAAGAGCGCUGUAGGGACCAGGAAAAAGUCCUGUUCCUGCUGUCAGCCACUGCUGUGUUACACUACGGGCAUGCAGUGCAGCAUUUCCUAUUUCUCUUGGCUGGUUUAGCAACCAAGCACCAGCAGAAACAGUAAUCUCUGUGCUUGAGAAGCUGUUAGACAUUAUUGGUCCCUGUUCACCCAUAGUGACUGAUGGCAGUAGUGGAAUAGCUUUCAUUUUCCUACCACAUGGCUGUCCCUUGGAGAUGCUGUUCAAAAUUGAUGGGAGAUGAUGGCUUUACUUGAGAGAAAGGAGGGAGCAUCUGUUUAGCGUCCUUGAAAUUUCAGGGUGGCUAUACCAGGCAGAUGAAAGCAGAAAAGCAUGCUUUAGCCCCCUGAAGUUGUAUGACAGUAAGUGGCUGAUAGGGGGAGGUGAUGAUGUGGAUGGUCUGUGGGAAAGGAGAAUUCUUGGGAUAUUUAAAUUGAUAUGGCUGAACUUUACAAGUUAACCACCUGGAGAUGGAGUAGUCCACAGUCCUGUAGGGCUAGGGUCACCUAGCCCUAACACAUCAUACCUAGCAGGGGGUUGCACAGCACUGGUCAGGACACUCUAGCACUGUGAUAGUAUCAGCUGCAUCAUCACUGCAUAGUAUCCUGAAUUGAUCUGGUCUCUUUAUUUUUAUAUAUAUUUUUAAAGAAAAUCAUAGUGUAGGAUAGUAAAUCUGCACAUGCAGCACAUGAAAACUUUACCUGCAAUGGCUAGAGAUGCUGGGGAGGCAUUCUUCCCUUUGGUGGGUGGGAGAUCCUGACUUGGGCAGCUCUCACUAAUGCCAAAGGACAUUAGAAUGGCAAAUUCCUGCUUACUAGUGGGAUAUCUAUCCCUCAGUGUGCUCUUUGGAAGUGUACACAUGACUGAAUGUAUAGUCAGUGCUCUGUUAUGCUUCUAUAAAAAUACUCAUCUGUGAAUAUUAUUGGUUUUGUAAUCUUUGUUAUAUAAAAUGUUUAGGCUGUACAUACUGGGGAGCAAAAUACUGAUACCCCGUAUAAAUAGAAAUAUGUUGCAUUACUGAGCAUAACAAUAGCCUACCCUACUUACAUAUAGGGGGAGGUAACUAUAUAUGUUACUGACUUGCAUUUUUGACAUAAGCAAAAGUAAUGAAAAGGAUGCACUAUAAAAUCCCACCCAAAAAUAUGUUUCAACAGUGCAGCAUAAAAACUCCUGGCUCACCAGCUAAAGUUGGGUUUUUUGUAGGAUGCACUAAGAGUUGUUUCUUUCAAAAGGGGUUUGGUACAUGAAAACAAUGUUAAUGUAAUUAAGUAUAUAUAUACUUCAGAAUGACAGCAUAGUAAGCAGUAUGGUAAAAUUAGUGUUGCAUUAUUUGUUACAACUUGUAAUUUGUCUGUAUUAUGGAAGAUGUGAUGGUUUGUCAGCUGUAACUGUUGUUUUCUUGUAACAUGAUCUUGAAUAAAGUGUAGCAGAAUCUCU